AUGCAGUUCAAGAUUGCCAUCGUUACUCUCUUUGCUGCUAUGGCCAUGGCCAACCCGGCCAUCAGGCAGUCCAAUGCCCUAGAGCACCCGAAGCUCGUUGGCCGACCUAGAGGCGGCGACACCCCCUCCCAACCCAGCUGCUGUUCAUAUAUUCCUGGCGAAUGCCAGGCGUCAUGCGUAAGAACCGGUUUCAGAGGAUGA